GGGAGGCCGGCGGUGGAGGCCGACAGGCGGUGGCGGAGCAGUCUGAGGGAAUGCAGGCGGCGGGCGCCAAGAUGGCCGCCGCUGGUACAGCUGCUGCGGCCGGACGGGUGACGCGUCACUGUAUCUUAAUUUUAAACGAUGCACUUCCCUUUCUAGAAAGUGUCUGUAUAAAACCCAUCCCGGUUUAACAAUUCACAGGUUGCGCUUUCAGAACCAGGCCAGGUGCAGUUGUAAAAAGCAGCAGUCAAUUGAGGGUCCCGGUGCGAUGGCAAGGUCAGGUGACUGCAGCUGCAGUGACAGAAAGCACAAAACCUCAAAUUCAGCCAGAAGCGCGGAAACCUAAAACAGGAAUCUUGAUGUUAAACAUGGGAGGUCCAGAACGGCUGGAUGAUGUGCAUGAUUUCUUACUUCGUCUCUUCCUGGACAGGGAUCUGAUGACGCUUCCAGUUCAAAAUAAAUUAGCACCAUUCAUUGCCAAACGCCGCACACCAAAAAUCCAGGAGCAGUACAGCAGGAUUGGAGGUGGAUCACCAAUCAAGAAGUGGACAGCAGUCCAGGGAGAAGGCAUGGUGAAACUGCUGGACAGCAUGUCUCCUCACACCGCACCUCACAAAUACUACAUUGGCUUCCGCUACGUCCAUCCUCUGACAGAAGAAGCGAUUGAAGAGAUGGAGAAGGAUGGCAUUGAAAGGGCUAUUGCUUUCACGCAGUACCCACAGUACAGUUGUUCUACCACAGGAAGCAGUUUAAAUGCCAUUUAUCGCUACUAUAAUAAAAAAGGGGAGAAGCCAAAGAUGAAGUGGAGUAUAAUUGACCGAUGGCCCACACAUCCCCUUCUUAUUCAGAUGAUAAAACUGAAGGAAGGCAAGGUGGAACUUCCCACACUGUGUGACGUUCCCCUGACAAGCUGCCCAAGUGGGAUGCUGUCCUGGGAUGUAACAUUGUUAUGCACUCUCCAUGCCCCUGUGCCCUCAUGCUUCACCGAUCACAUACAGAAGGAACUGAACCUGUUUCCGCCCGAAAAAAGGAAAGAUGUUGUCAUCCUCUUCUCUGCUCACUCGCUGCCCAUGUCUGUAGUGAACCGUGGUGAUCCAUAUCCUCAGGAAGUGGGAGCUACUGUCCAGAGAGUCAUGGAGAAGCUGAACUACUCCAACCCUUACAGGCUUGUGUGGCAGUCCAAGGUUGGACCCAUGCCUUGGCUUGGUCCACAGACAGAUGAGACCAUUAAAGGACUGUGCCAAAGAGGAAAGAAGAACAUGUUGUUGGUUCCUAUAGCAUUUACGAGUGACCACAUUGAAACACUUUAUGAACUGGAUAUUGAGUAUGCCCAAGUUUUAGCGAAUGAGUGCGGAGUUGAAAAUAUCAGAAGAGCAGAGUCUCUUAAUGGAAAUCCACUAUUCUCCAAGGCUCUGGCAGACUUGGUCUGUUCACAUAUCCAGUCGAAUGAAAUCUGCUCAAGGCAGUUAACCCUCUGCUGUCCACUCUGUGUAAAUCCCAUCUGCAGGGAGACAAAAGCCUUCUUCACUAAUCAGCCACUGUGAUGGGCAGCCUAGGAGAGCACCCCGGAUUAUACAGGAAAAUUGCCCUGGUGAAGCUGUGCAAAGGAAAGAAACCGCUUGACUAAACUCUCCUCUGUUACAUGCUCACCGGGCUGGUAGUCUCAGUGAUGUUAACCUCAUGUAACAGUAAGGAGAGCUUGACUUUUUUGUUUUGUUUUUUUUUCUUAUGUUUUCUUUGUUUGAGAAGAGUUUGUAAGAAGUAGGGAAAUAAGGGCAUUUAUCCUGCGAGAUGUGAAAAUAUUUUGUUUCAUCUGAUUCUCAUUGGGCUUGGCAUGAGCCCGUAAGUAUGCACUGAAAAACGUAAAAAAAAAAAAUAAUCUACUAAUUAGCUUCUGUUUCCUAUGCAGGGAUUUAUUUGUAUGCAAUUUUGUUACGAGUGCAUUAAUUUCAGCUUUCCAGCUCAAGCAUACAAUUGUUUGUUUUGUUUAUGCUUAAGGUACAGUUUAACCAGCAUCAUCACCGAUUGUCUCUUGUGAGAGUGAUUUUUCAGAUGGGUUGGAAGAUCAAGUGACUUCUAAUGCUUUUUAAAUAAUGUGUAUAUUUUUUUAGAACAUGAAGAUAAGGCUUUGGUUUGUUUUGGGGUUUUUUUCUCCUGCCAGAAACUUCUCAUGAAAGUUUAGCUGGGGUAGUGGAAUGCACAAAUUUGUCUACAUUUUCUAGAAAAAACACUCAUUAUCUGUAGGAAAGCCUCUGGAUUUGAAGACCAUAACAUGAAAGGAAUAAACCUGAUGGGUGGCGCUGAAAAACAUGCUUGGUUGAAACAAAUUAUCUGUUUUAAAUCUAGCUGCUAUCAGCAGCACGUUUGGGAACAUGUUGGUUUAUCCUUUAAGCCAAGUGGCUUUUUAAAAUUAUUAUUGAAAAGGGCUUUCUCUGUUUGGGUGGUUAAGUAAAUUUAGGAAAUCAGGCUUGCUCUCCAGAAGGUUUAUAAAUCUCUGUGCUUUCUACUGUGCCACGGUGCUGUGGUUUUUGUGGGAUACUUGCAGAGGUACAAUUGAUCUAGCUUAAUUGAUGUUGUUUAAAACUGAGAUCAUAAGUCAGGAGUAAUUUACAUUGCAGAUGCCCAAGAGCAGGCAGCCACACAGGCUGACGGCUGGGUGCUUAUGCAUACCUUUGUCAAAAGCCAGAUUUUGUCUGUUAGAUUUUUGGCACUGACGUGGGCCGGGAGUAUGCACUCAUAAGCCAGCUAAACUUCUUGCUUGUUUUGGCAGGUGUUUGGGUGUGUCGGGACUGCUGAAUCCAUGCCUAAGUAGUGGUAGUUUUGUGGAGUGAAAAACUCUUUUUUUAGGGCAGUAUUCCCUCACUGUCAGCACCAGGACUGGUGUCCAGGUUAGUCUUGGGAUAGGAGGGGGCUUUUCUGAAAGGCUGGUCACUGCACUGCAUGCCUGAGCUUGGCACUUGAAGUAGUUCAGGGCAGAAGUACUGCAGCACCUCAGUCAGUGGUCCUCUUGCACAGGGACCUCUCCUCCUGGCUGGGGCAAAGGAGGAGCAAAGCUGUGACAGUGUUCUGUGGGACUGAGCCAUACGUGUAUUAGUCCAGCUGUCGACUUCAUGGAUAUAAAUGUUUACUUUAUGUAAUUAGCACUGAAACGCCAGUACUUUGGCAAUGCACGUUGUUUUCUGUAAACUGAUGAUUCAGCUAAUCGUGAUAUUUGAGAAGCAGAUGCCAUGCUGCUCAGACUGCUUUAUUUGCUUAUGUAAUUAUGAGGCUUGAACAGUUUGAACCUCUAAUCUUUCAAGGAUAGGGUUGUUUAAAAGAAGAUAGGUCUCUGUUGGUAUGACAGGUUUAUCUGGUUCAAAGAAUUAAACAUGGGAUACUAAAGAGAUGGAUGGAUGUGUUGAGCAGCCAGUGGGCCAAGUACUGCCAUGGAGCGAUCCAAGUCCUACUGCACAGCCUUGCCAGGGCCUGUGGCCUAAUGUGUCAUGAGAGUUGCUUGCCGUGUCUCCGCUGCCAUACUGCAGCUUCCCACUGUGACUAUGGUGAGACAGACUUAAAUUCCUUCAGUGCCAGAACCUCCUAUGUCACUGCUUUCCCUUGUUGCUUUAGCAGAAAGAAGUCUUCCUUGACCUUUCAUACCUGUGCCUGUUUCAGUGGCAGGGAGCCAGAAGGUGGGACUUCUGUUCUCCCUUUCUCCCUUAAUUUUUGGCCUCUGCUCGCUGCGUUGGUAGGGAAAAGGAACGCUUGCUCUUGCUCAGGUGUAGGUAGGGUUAGCAUGUGUUUGGAGGGGUGAAGUUUUCACGGAAAGCCUUUGAGUCAAUGUCAAAAGAAUAAAAAUGUCUGCAUUAUGUCUGGGAAGGGAACACUGGCCUUAUGUCUCUUGCUGGACAAAGAACUUUCUCUGUUCCCAUUUCUCUGCUUGGCAGUGAAAACAAUCUGUUUUGUAAAAUCUUCCUACCUAUGCCUUUUUCCUACCAGCUGAAGGGUAUACUGACCUUCAAAUCCAGGUUGUGACCAGCACAUUUGGAAGUGUGGCUGAAGCUGGAAGUGAAGGUUAACUUUGUAUGAACAUUGCGAUACUAUAAAUAUAGAUUGGCUUUUUAUUUCCAUACUGGAAAGAGGACUGAAAAUAUUAGCCGGCACUAAUUACAAGGCAUUACGUUUGUCCUCAGUAAUAAAAGGUUUUUAAAAUUCUUUUUAGUAUGCUAACCACAAGUGAGGUAAUUACUAAGCCUAUUGCUGCUCUUAGACCAUGAUGUAGAAAUGAUUUAAUUUUUUAGCUUUUUGCAGAUGGAUCUCAUCUCGUAAGAGUUGGUGGCGUUCUUCAUUUUGCUGAACAGGUCGUGUAAUACCAUUUCAUGCUAUAUAACACACAUUAUUUUGUCUUAGUGCAGCACCAGAAGCCUGUUGAAAAACUACCUGAGCAAGUUCACUAGCAGCUCUGCUUAAUAUUUUUAAUAGAAAUCAAGAUAACAGUGAGACUGAUAACAGUGGGAAUUCUGCUGCCAUUGAAAUCUUCUAAUCCUGGUCUUUCUGUUUAGGAGCAUUAAUGACUAUGCUAACUAAUAGUGGAAUUCAUUUGACUUUACUUCUGAUUCUUCCAAUCUAUGUGCCAACAUCUGAACUGGUCUCCUAGAUACUAUUUCUGGUCAAAAGAUUGGUUUAGUAUGUGUUUUUGAGAAAUUACUCAUCUCUCAAAGCAGAUGCCUGCAACGAGUUGGAUGAGUUUCACUCUGUUGCUGCCUCUGCCCGUGAAGGGAGCAUGGUGUGCUAAUUUGGCAGUAGUUAGCUACAUUGCGUGUCUAGUAUGAGGAGAGAUGAAACCCAUCCAUUUAUGUGCCUUCUUCAGCACUCUGCCAGUGAUCUGUAGCAGCUGCAUUUGGAGAUUGCAGUCUUGAUCCUACAGUUAAGCAUGCAGUUUGCUCCUCUGGCAGAUGUUAAACAUUUGGUGCUACUGACUUGGGAGCCAGUCUUGUCAGAUCCCGAGCACUUUCUGCUCUGGUUGAAUUGAUUUGAGCAUGUGGAAGUGUCAGCAUCUGGGAGACUGUAGUCCUCAGGCAAUAAUCUAGUUGGAUUUUUUUCAUCAUUAAUUACACUUUUUUGCAGUACUUUAUUUCAUUUGCAAAUGUUUACUAUUUACAUAUGCCCUGACAAGAAGCAGCCGGUUGGAAGUGAGCUUAACUGAUGUGUUGAAGCAGCAUUGUGUCCCAAGGUUUUGUUGGUACAAGCAGGGUCCUUAGGCUGGGCUUGAGCAAUGAAGGGUUGCGGGGACGGUGCAGUGUCACUGUCCCCUUGCCCAAGCUGCUUGGUCUUACUCCUGCUAGUACUGCAUGCUGUUUGCAGUGCAGGCAGACAAACAGCUGCUCAACUGAGACAGUGUCUGAAAAUAGGAACGAGAACUGGGGAGUGAACUCUUCACACCAGUGCUCCCAGUGCUGUGGAGCCCUGGCCUGAGGAUAUUGAUUGAAAAAUAGAGGAGUUCAGAAGCAAAGCCCUUGGUGCCCUAAGGAAAAAAGGGGGAAGUAAAGGUGUUUGCAAAUGGAAUGUUUUGAAGGAUUUGUUCAUGAUGAGGCUGUUCUGAUUUAACUCUCUGCAAUUUUGCUUUUUUCCUUUUUUUUUUGUUUAGUUGAAGUUUUUCUCUUUUGGAAUUUAUAAAAUCUUCCUCAUUCCUGGCUGCGUUUUAGAAAAUGUGAUAGCUUCCAAAAGUGGUGCUCUAGUAUUAGAAGGUGUGUGGAUAGUGUCUGUGAGCUAACAUCCUGUUACCCCUGGAGAAGAGGAUGGUACAGUUGAGUCCAGUGGGGCUGGGAUUUUCCUAGGGAUAUCUGAAAGCUCACUUUUAUUUUCCCUUUCUACCACACACAGAGAGUUGGAAAUCAAUAUGACAAGAUGCAAGAAAUAGAGAAGUUACUUUUAUUUUUUAAUGCCAGAUGUGUACAAAUACUUGCUUUUAGUCCAACAUAGGUCUUUCAGAUUGAACAAGGACUUCCAUGUAAUGUAACACAAAAAAUUUGUAUAACUUUACUGUGUAUCAUUUGCCAUAAAGAUGGAAUUUCAAUUAAAUUUUUUGGAAGAAAUAA